AAAUAAAAGAAGGAAUUGUUGAAAUGAAAGAAAAUUGGUUGAAAUUAUUGGAAGAAUUUGGAGAGAUUAAAACGGAUAAAAGACUUGAGGAAGUGGAAAUAAUAGUCCACAAUUUUUUGAAGGAAUUAUAUUUGAGGAAUGAAGGUUUAAAUUUAUUUGAUAAAAAAAUUUAA